CCCCGCCCCGCCUGCUGCCAAGUUUCGCGGAGUUGGCUGGACCGGUGCUCCUCGGUCCCCGCGCCGCGCGCUCCCUUCCGCGUUCCGCCGUCUGCCUCACCUGCGCCCCGGCCCGGCCGCUGGGGCCCCGCGCCAUGGCCCGAGCGUCCGGGGCGCGGCGCUGACGGCGGCCGGCGGAGCGCGCCAUGCCCAGCAGGACCGGCCGCAAGAUGGACGGGAGCGGCGGCCGCGUCCGCCUGAAGGCGCACUACAGCGGGGACAUCCUGAUCACCAGCCUGGACUCCGCCACCACCUUUGACAAGCUCUGUGAGGAGGUGCGGGAGAUGUGCCACCUGCACCAGGGCCACCCGCUCACCCUCAAGUGGGUGGACAGUGAAGGUGACCCCUGCACUGUGUCCUCCCAGAUGGAGCUGGAGGAGGCCCUCCGCCUGUCCUGUCAGCGCAAGGACGCAGGGCUCACCCUUCACGUUUUCCCCAGCAUCCCCGAGGAGCCAGGCAUGCCCUGUCCGGGAGAAGACAAAUCCAUCUACCGCCGCGGAGCCAGAAGAUGGCGGAAGCUGUACCGCGCCAACGGCCACCUCUUCCAAGCCAAGCGCUUUAACAGGAGAGCGUACUGCGGCCAGUGCAGUGAAAGGAUAUGGGGCCUUGCCAGGCAGGGCUACAGGUGCAUCAACUGCAAACUGCUGGUCCAUAAGCGCUGCCACGUCCUUGUCCCGCUGACCUGCAACAGGCAUAUGGUGACUUACAAGUCUCCAGAAGCUCCGUCGUGGCGCCCGCCGGGUCACUGUGUUGCCGUCUCUCUGCAGGAUUCUGUCAUGCCUUCCCAGGAGCCUGCAGUGGACGACAAGAGUGACGACGUGGACCUUCCUUCCGAGGAGACGGAUGGAAUUGCUUAUAUUUCUUCAACCCGGAAACAUGAUAACAUUGAAGAUGAACCUGAGGACCUCAAGCCGGUUAUCGAUGGGAUGGACGGGAUCAAAAUAUCUCAGGGGCUCGGGCUGCAGGACUUCGACCUGCUCAGGGUCAUCGGGCGCGGGAGCUAUGCCAAGGUCCUGCUGGUACGGCUGAAGAAGAACGAUCAGGUCUACGCCAUGAAGGUGGUGAAGAAGGAGCUGGUCCACGACGACGAGGAUAUUGACUGGGUACAGACAGAGAAGCACGUGUUUGAGCAGGCAUCCAGCAACCCUUUCCUGGUCGGCUUACACUCCUGCUUCCAGACAACAAGUCGGUUGUUCCUGGUCAUCGAGUACGUCAACGGGGGUGACCUCAUGUUCCACAUGCAGAGACAGAGGAAGCUGCCCGAGGAGCACGCCAGGUUCUACGCUGCUGAGAUUUGUAUCGCGCUCAACUUCCUACACGAGAGAGGGAUUAUUUAUCGGGACCUGAAGCUGGACAACGUUCUCCUCGACGCCGACGGCCACAUCAAGCUGACGGACUACGGCAUGUGCAAGGAAGGCCUGGGCCCCGGUGACACGACAAGCACUUUCUGCGGAACCCCGAACUACAUCGCCCCGGAAAUCCUGCGGGGAGAGGAGUACGGGUUCAGCGUGGACUGGUGGGCCCUGGGCGUGCUGAUGUUCGAGAUGAUGGCUGGCCGCUCCCCCUUCGACAUCAUCACCGACAACCCCGACAUGAACACCGAGGACUACCUUUUCCAAGUCAUCCUGGAGAAGCCCAUCCGGAUCCCCCGGUUCCUCUCAGUCAAGGCCUCCCACGUGUUGAAAGGAUUUUUAAACAAGGACCCUAAGGAGAGGCUCGGCUGCCGGCCGCAGACUGGAUUUUCCGACAUCAAGUCUCACGCUUUCUUCCGUAGUAUAGACUGGGACCUGCUGGGGAAGAAGCAGGCCCUGCCGCCCUUCCAGCCGCAGAUAACGGACGACUACGGCCUGGACAACUUCGACACACAGUUCACCAGCGAGCCGGUGCAGCUGACCCCGGACGACGAGGACGUCCUCAAGAGGAUCGACCAGUCGGAGUUCGAAGGGUUUGAAUACACCCACCCGCUGCUGCUGUCCGCCGAGGAGUCCGCGUGAGGCGCCGCGUUCUCGUCGUGGACGCGGGCGGAGGGUGCGGGCCUGUCCCCGACCACUGCGCAUGCAUGCCGGGCUGGGCGCCGGCGGCCCGGGCAGAACAGCCCCUCCAUCCGGCCCGCGGCCGCCUGCACCGGAGGAACUUGCUUCUUGUGCCUGCGCCGCGGAGGCCGCGGUGCCCGUGUCCGAGGGAGAAAGUGUCCCCGACUUCGAAGGUGCACACUUUCCACAGAAACAGAACUGACCUGCUCCGCCGGGAGAGUUAGCCUGUAACGUCCUGAGGAAUAAAGUGUCCCGAUAAUGUUGAA